AUGACAUCGGGUAAUUUUACAAUUGGUAUGAAUGAACAAGUGAAUACUCCGAAUAACUAUUAUCAAGGUUAUAUCGAUCAUUUAUCAAUCAGUCGACGAGCAAAAUCAUCUUGUGAAAUACUUGAAAUAGCAACAUUAGCUGCUCAUUUCGAAUUUGAUAGUACAUCAUCAUAUACUGAUUCUGGACCUAAUGCAGUAGCAACUACUUCUUCAACUAAUUCAAUUAUCUCUGGUUUUACUUCACUUGGUAUCAGUAAUCCAGCAUUUUCCAUUAUAUUUUGGAUUAAACCUCAAACAUUAUCAGGUACACUUGUUCAUUUAUCAUCAUCUCCAUCAGGCAAUGGAUCUACAUGUUUUUCAUUAUUGGGUUUUGCUUCAAAUGGAGCAAUCAUUGCACAAGUCUUAACAAAUAAUGGCACAAUUGUAACAACUACCGGUCCUAUUUUACCAGUGCCUUUAUCGUGGACUCUAGUUGUUCAAACAUGGAGUGAAACGAAUGGACUAAAAUUAUAUAUGAACAAUACAUUUGUUAGUUCUAUAGCAGUUUCAACAUUUAAAGGAAGUGAAAUAACAUCGAACUAUUUGACAUUGACUAAUUAUUUAAGUGGUUGUGUUGUAUGUUCAAAUGGAUUAAUUGGUUCACUAGGAUCAUUUACAGGUGCGAUUGAUGAUUGGCGUAUUUAUAAUCGUGAACUCACCUCUAUAGAUGUGUGUACUCUCUUUUCUGCUACUUGA